GUUUCCGUCUUAAAUGUUAGCUAGGUACAUGUUAGCGGGGUACGUUAGCUUACCCUGUAAAGUAUUGUGUGACUGGAGUCCUAAGCAUCAGGGGGAAAUUAUCUAUAUCAAAAGAUUGUGCCAUGAAAAGCUGAACAUCCAUCACCGAUAGGAGGGCCGAAUUAAAGAACGGCUUGAGAAUACACCUUUUAAAUGGGAUGCCAGACUGGUUUUAGGGGCUGUCAUAUGAGUGUAAACACUUUGCAGCGUUUGUAGCUCAAACUAGUGCAUCAAUGAACGAGGAACCACAAAUCAGCCCAGUGCCUCUAAAAGAGCCUGAGGAAAGCGAUGCUGCGGAAAACACAGAGGAAGAGACCGGUAAAGAGGAAAAUGUUUCCAAAUCAGGCAAAGUCAGGACUCAGAGGUCCAUGUCUGAGUCCGUAGAAGAACCCCCCCCAGAGGCAACAGUUAAGAAUGAACCUCAGGAAGGGGAUAAAGGGACUGCGAAAGAGGAGCCUCCUUUUGACUGGUUUGAACCCCUGGAGGACGAUGAUGAUGAUGCCAACAGCUGGGACUACCAGCACCCUUCCAAUCAGAGAGACCCUGAAGAAGAAAGUCUGUUAGGAGAAACUGAGAGUGUGGCAGGCAGUGACAAGGCCUCUAGAAGGACUCACAGUGUUCAAGCUCCUCGUCGUAAGCGAACCCAUCCUGAUGAGGGAUGGGUUGAUUGGCCUGAACUUGGAGAAGGAUGGAAGCGCAAAGAAGUUGUGCGUCGCUCAGGUUCUAGUAUCGGGCAGAAGGACGUAUAUUACAUGAGUCCUCACGGUGAUCGAGUCCGAAGCCGAGUCGAACUGACUUCAGUUUUGGAAAGAGUUAAGGACUUGUCCAGUUUUGAUUACAAGACGGGAAAGUUUUUGAACGGCGAGGCACCACCAAUAAGAAUACGAAGGAAGAGAAAGAUGAAAGAGAGAGAUUCUUCGUCAGAGUCGAGCUGGAUGGACAGAGGGGAGGGGGCGGACACUCCUGACUCCUACCACAGACUGACCCCCAGCACCAGUAUAAAGACCGCCCCCUUCAACCAAACCAGCCUCCCCACCCUCAAUGCCAGAGAAAAUCCAACCCCAGUCUCUCGGUAUUACUCAAGUGACGACAAAAUCCGACUUCCUCCCCCCUCAUCAUCCAGACCGAUCCCACUCCCCUCCAUAAAUGGGGAAAUCGGGACAGAGGACAGUACACUGGUCUGUGCCAGAUGUGGUAUUUCCUUUACAGGAACAUGGUAUGACAAACAGAGGAAGAGGCCGUCCUGUCCCACCUGCUGGGCAUCAAAGACGAGAGAACAUCCGAUGAUUCGUUUUCGAAAGUGGAUUCCAUGUGGUCAGUGCGUUGGAUGCCACAACACAGUGAACUGCGGCCAGUGUGCGAACUGUAAGAACGGACUGCAGAGCCCAGAGUCUCGCAAGCGCAUCUGCCGGAAACGCAGAUGUAUAUGUCCUAUUCGCAAGGGGCCCGGAGGCUUCUUGGCGCAUCGGCCUCAUAAUGAACUCUCUGAACCACUUGAGGAGCGUGUGAAUUUCCAGACUGAUUAUUCAGAGUCCAAGCAAACACCGAGUCUCAAAAGCAGUGACAUAGAGAACUUUUCUGCCAGUGCAGAUCUGGACGAUGAGGACGACUUUUCAACAGAUGAUGACGACGAUUGGCAUAAGAAGAGGAAGCGACGCUCCUGUGGAGAAUGCAAAGCCUGUCUUUGCAGGAAAGACUGCGGCACAUGUGACUUCUGCAUAGACAAACCCAAGUUCGGCGGCAGCAACAAAAAGCGUCAAAAAUGCAGACUACGUCAGUGCCAGCGGCAGGCGAUGAGACACUUGCUGCCCUUCCAGAUGGGCCAAGCUGAGUUUGCCACGGACCCCCCGAUGAUACCGGGCAGACCGCGACCCCACUACACCUACAGCCGAAAGACCAACGCCAAGAGAAUGAAAGGACCGCACACGAGCCUGGAUUUAUCUGACGACGACGACGACAGCAGCUACCCAGCGAUGAACUGGUGUGCGGAGCCAGCUGGCGACAGCGGACACUCUAACGAAAUGAACUUGAAAAACCACCAAUCUAUGCAGUUGAAUCACUCAGACUUCGGGCAGAGGAACGGCCUUCCUGACAGAGUGCCUCACAUCAGCAACCACAGCAGCUCUGUGGAUCAGUCCAGCAGAUUGGAGGGAGACAAAUCCCAAACCAGCAGACAUGCUCACAAACACACUGAAGAUGAAGAUGAAGAGCUGCCCAUGAUCACGCAGAUCUUCAGUUUGGCGGAUAAUCCAACAGAAGGUGGCGCAGAAAUUGAAAACCAGCUGAUGAAACUGCUCAAGUCGUUGCGCUCGUCCGUGCUGCCCAUACUGUGGUACGCCAUCAUGGUGGAGGGUCCGCAGCUGCAGCUCAUGCAGUGUUCUAAAGAAUCCAACAUGACGGACACUAUGGUGCUGAUCGACCCGGGCUUCUGCUAUCAGGUGACCGUCCAGAGGCAGCCGCUCCUCCCCACCCACCCGCUCUACGACGACCACCCGGCCUACCUGAGCUCCCUCACAGACGUGGUCAACCUGCUGCUGGACUUGGACAAGUACACUGUGUGCCAGGGGCUGCCCCCCACAGACCACAUCUACAGCAGAGACCCCGUCAUCCUGGAGCGGGCCUCCACCUGCGAGUUCCUUGUCAAGAAAAACCUGAACAUGUGUUGUAACUGCAAGUCGCUUUGUGGAUAAAAACAUCAGCAGAGACGGAGAAGAACAGCGGUGGAGGCCAGCGGUACCGGCGCAGCGUGGUGCCAUUUUCCUUUCCUUUAGUUUUUGUGCUCAUAUAUAAAUAUAGAAUCUUACAGACUUACCUCGGGACCAUAAUAGUCUGAUUUGAUUAUCUGAAGAAUCACCAAAGGCAUUCCUGGAGCUGUGACGUUCAAGUGCAGGCAUGUUUCUUCUCAGAUGUCCUCUUCUGUUCUGUUGGUGUAGGUGUGCUCUUCAUGGCUGCUCUAAACGCAGUCGCUUUCAUUUGCGAGGUUGGUCUGCUCUGGGUUGGUCCACACUCUUACUUGAGGAAUCCAUAACCUUAAUCAGAAUUGUAUUUGAUAAAUAAAUAAAUACCUUCAUUUUAAAGUU